GUCAAUACAAUAUUAUACUCUGUAGGUAUAAUAUUGUAGACCUGUAUUUUUCUCUGUCGUCCGUGAAAUCCACAGGUAACGGUUUCACUUCCUCUCUCUGUUUGUUCACCUCUCGCUAGCUGCUGCUGGAAACGCAUUUUAUUUCCGUCCGUCAUUAAACAGUAAUUUAUCUUAUUAUAUAAUCCACGGGUUAUUUCGAUUUUUCUCUUUAGUAUUCACUCGAAAUAGCAUCGAAAGCGACGCCCGUCGGUCCGCUUAUUUCAGUUCACCAAAAAUCUACAAAAACUCGACGCCAUGGAAUUCCAAUUCGAUCUGAGCCAUAUCGCCCACGAUCAGAUCAUCAAAAUCGACAACUCAUUGUUGCCAGUCGGCUACCAAAAAGAAGACCCAGAAUUGCAAAGGAUGAUAUCUAAUGUUUUGGAUAAAAUGGGAGUAGCUUCAGGAAUUGCUCAAGAGUUAAAAUCUCCAAUUACCUCAGCUGAAAAACUCAUGCGUUCAGAUCAUAUUUUAUACUUGAUGACAGAACAAACAUCACCAGGACAUUUUGUUGUGGUUGGUUUGUUAAAAAUGGGAUGGAAAAAGUUGUAUUUGUUUAAUAAAAAAGGUUCAAGAACUGAAGCAAUGGUCUACUGUUUACUUGAUUUUUACAUUCAUGAAACUCGACAACGUCAUGGAUAUGGAAUAAAACUUAUGGAUUACAUGUUAAAAGAUAAUCAAAUUGAAGCAAGACAAUUGGCUGUUGAUCAACCUACAAAUAAACUUUUACAAUUCUUAUGGAAAUAUUUUAAUUUAUCCAAAUUAGUUAAUCAAGGCAACAAUUUCGUAAUUUUUGAAGAAUUUUUUGAAGACCCAUCUGAAAAAGAAUCUGCUAAUGACAAUCGCUCAUCUGGAUAUAAAAGUCAACCGACAUUUGGACGUCAUGGUGCAGCUAGACAACAAGAUUGCAUGGCAAAUAUACUAUAUGGAGCUAAACCAGCAGAAAUUCAAAAUGGAAACGGACAUGUAGAUAGAGUUGAACAUCAACAACGGGAAAAUAAACAGCAUCAAGAUGAACGUCAUGUUGAAGUGCAACAUCACGUUGAAGUUCAACAUCAUCAUCAUGUUAUGGAUGAAGGGGAUGGUCAGACAUCAAACCAAGCUCAUCCAAAACUAGAUAUCAAGAAUUUUCACACUCAAUUAUGGUAAUCUGUUAAACCUCGCCUUUUCUAACAGGUGGUAGCUUAUUAUUUGUUACAUAUUUAUUUCUGUAUUUUAUUAACUUUUGUUAAUUUAUACUAAUCCUAAAUAUGACUGCAAUUAUAAAGUAGAAUAAAAACAGAAUAAUUAAAUUAAUUUAUAAAUUUAUAAAAAGAAUAUGACAUCUUCAUAAAAUUUGCACUAAUGGUCAUUCACUAUAAAAUACCAAUUUUAUAUGCAUAUUGGGUUUAGCCCACUUUUAAAAAAAUAAUAUUUGGUAUACUACUAAUAAUAAUACAAAUAUUUUUACAUUAUUCUUCAAACUUUAAUUUGUUGUUAAUCAACGAGGCUAAUUAGUAAUUAAUUUUUUUUUUUAUAAUUUUUUUUUUAACAAUUUUAUUUUUUAUAACUUGUAACACGCAUACUAUAUAUAAUAUUAACAUUUAAAAAUUGUUGAGUGAAUUUUUUGUUGUGAAAAACUAAUUGAAGAUUUGUAAACUUUUAUGUUGACGGUCUUUUAUGUCAUUACUCGAUGUAAGACCAUUGUAUUGAACAUUUAUUUUACUUUUAAAGGCUGAAAAUGUAUUUUCUAUAGAACAAUAAUGGUAAUGCUUUUGUGUGUUGAAUAAUGAAUUAAAACUGGCAGAAUUUAUUUAAAAAAUGAACUAUUAAUCAUAAUUCUGAUACUAUUAAUAUUGUUAUAAGAUUUCCUCUAUGCAACAUAAUAAUACAAUUAUAGAAUGUAUUGUAUUUUCUAUAAUAAUGUUCCUAGACAAUGUUCUUUUUUUUUUUUGCAACAAUCAUCAUAAUAACCUAUUUGUUUGUAUUGAUGUUCUAAUAAAUAGUUACUAAAUUAUUUGUAAGACCUUGGCCUUAAUAAUUUCUCAUUUAUUAUUUAAUACGUUAAAAUUUAUACUUUCAAUUUACCUAAUAUAGUAUAUUUUUUCUAUUAAAAA